GUGAUAAGGAUAAUAAACUCUGACAUCCGCUAUUUUUCCUCGAGUACCGCUGUAGCCACACUAAACUAGUCACUGUGACAAAAUUUAUUUCACCCUCAUCCACAAUCUAAAAACCACUCACUCACUUACUUUCUUCCCAAUUUUUAUUAAUCAACAAACCACCACUUUGCACAUUCGGAAACAUGUCUUCUAGAGUGUGGAAGUUUAUCUCGAAUACCAUUGGGAAAUUACAAAGUCCUAGGCCUUCUCAGCAGAAUGGGAAUUUAGCAGAAUCUUCAUCCCUGCGAGAAACAGACUCCCUUUCCAGUACACCGACACGUCACGGCAGCGUCAAUAAAUUGGGAGAACAGCUCGCGGAAUCAGGACUAUCUUCGGCGCAGGAUGAAUCUAUUCUUGAGACACCAUCGGAGAAGAUCAGCAACAUCAGAGAGAAGCUCGAGGAGGCAGUUAAACCAGUUCCAAAAAUUGAAGCACAGGAUGAUGUACAGGAAGAUGUCACGGCAAGCAACACAGGCGAUGAUGAUCUAGAGACCGCCCUAAAGACGACAGCGAAGUCACCAGUUGAUGAAUCGUUCUCAAUUCUACCUCCAAGACAAAAUCGCAGUAAGAGGAAAGAUCCUGCGGAGAAAGUAGAGCCAUUGGCGCAUAAUGAAGUUCUAGUCGAAAAUACUCGCAAAACAAGGGCAAGAGGGAAAGCUGCGAAGGAUGAGAAAACAACGAUACAUGAUGAAGCUCCUUCUUCUCCUGGAAACGAGGGGCUUGAUGAGGUGGUUGGAGAGAACAGUUCAGAACUUGCAGAGCCAGUUGUAAAGAAUGAACUUCCAGAAAUCUUCGGAUCGGAGGGAGAUUUAAUGGCAGAAGUGGCAGAGCUAUCGGUUCGCGAUGAAGAUCCAGUUGAAGUACCCCAGACCAAUCGCAGUAACAGGAAACGACCAAUACUUCCCAGAGUCGCGGAGCCAGUACAAACAUCCACACCUUCCAUUGAUACACCUCCAGUUUCCAAUAACAAAAGAAGACGAGAUGUUUUAGAAUCAUCUACCGGGAAUGAAGGACUUGAACUUGAUUCUUCUGCUGAUGUUCCUACUAAACGAAGAAAAUUGGCUCCAAAACCUGUAAGCCCUCUGUCCAGGCUCCGUCCCCGAACCCGAACAACUGCACAUACUAAUAUAACAUAGGAAGGGAUGGGUAUCCCACCUGUAGGAACUACCCCGGAAGCUCGAGAUGAAAGAAGAAAGUACAUGGAUCGAGAAAGACAACGAAGAUGUAGACAACGAAAGAAGGAAAGACAACAAGGAAUGCAGGAAGCUGAACGAGAGGUAUUAGCACAAGCUAAAGAUGAGAGAAAAAAGGCCAUGGCAAGAGAACGUGUUCGAAGAUAUAGAGAAAAUCAACGACAAAAACAAGGUGGUGAGAUGGAAUCAAAGACAUCGGGUAGGCAACGAACAAGGGAACAAGCUAGACAAAGGGAUAUGGUAUUGAUUUCAAGUGGUCGAAAUGAUUCGAGGAAUUCUGGAGGAAGUGAAUCAUUCGAUAGCGAAUGAAUGAUUUAAGAGAGGGAUGGUUAAUAAUACACUUCCAAACUUUUCUUCGGACCUCGAUUUUCUACUUCGUCGCUCGGACACUUACGAGAAUCAUCACUUAUAACAUGUUCGUUUUACCAUUGAAUUUUAGCGUUACUUCAUUACUCCCAUCAGCUAUUUUUAUAAGAAUGCUUACCAGAAUAUCACAUGAACACACACAGAGGAUGAGUCCAAAUCAUCCAACCAACCAUUCCGGCAAAACGUUCCACUAUAGUAUAUCAUACCAAGCUUUCAUUUCGGUUUCUUCCAUUGUACAAGAUAGGGGAUCUGAUGGCGGAAACUUUUAUAUCACACGAAGCAGGAUUUGUUCAUUGAUU